GACCUACAGGCCUUCUUUGUUUGUUGCCAUGCUGCGCCUGAGCCAGCUGCGACGCUGUGACCUCUACAAUGCCUUGGGCGUGCGCCCGGGCGCGUCGCAGAAUGAGCUCCGCGAAGCAUACCUGCGUCGGGCCAAGCAAUAUCAUCCGGAUGUUUCUGGCUCCGGCUGUGCCAGUUUCCAGCGUGUGCAACAAGCUUGGGAGACCCUCCGCGAUCCGGCGCAAAGGAGGAUCUAUGACAAUGGCCUGCCAAAGACUGCAGGCUAUGCUGGCUUCAACGGACACACUGGCUUCAACGGCCACGCAGGCAGCACGGGAAAGCGCCAUUGGUAUGAGGUCAUGCGAGAGGUACAGUCGAAUCCGGACAUGCGCCAGUUUGUGGGGGCUGGUUUGCAGAUGAAGCUGCUGUGCCAACUUGGCUUCAUCCUCGCCGCCAUGCUGAACCUCCUCCUCUGGGCCUUCGCGAAGCAGCAGAGGUCCCGGGGAAGCAGCGUGCGACCUCCCUCUGAGCUGGACAGGGCUUUGAAGUCGCUAGGCAUCUCUCUCCGUUGA